AUGAGCACGCACGAGGCAGGGACGACCGAGCCGUCGAUCGAGGACGAGCUACUGCUGCUCAGCGACGAGCGCCAGCGCGACUUUGGCACGCUCACGGAGCUUGUCAAGACGAGCUGCUCGGCGAUGUUUAGCCAGCGCCUGCUUUUCAUGACCUUCAAGGACGCCAACUACUCGGUGGCGGACGCCUUCCAGCGCGUCUCCAAGCGCGACGAGGCGAAGAAACGCGGGCGCAAUGGCGACGACCGGGGUGCGCCCAAGCGUCAGAAGAACUCGCGUAUGUCGCUGCCCGCGUACGUAGAGACGCACAACUGGUCGCCGUCGAUUGCCGAGGAGACCGAGUACCCAAACGCGUACUAUGGCGUCGCGAGCUCGGCGCCGCCUCGUUUGGACAGCGACCGGCUCAGUUACUUGAUCAAGAACGAGGUCGGUGUUCCGUUGAGUCAGUCAAAGGCGUCGCAGCGUGACGACGACGACGACGACGAGACGUACAUGCAGGAUGUGCCAGAGCGCAGUGAGGUCGACUGCUUCAACCAUCUCUCGAGCUACUGUUUGAAGCUGCGCGAGCCCAAGCCGGAGGCCGCCGCGGGAACCCCGACGAUCGAGCACACCCGCAGCCUCCAGCAAAUGUUUGAGACGCUCGUUGCAGUGACGACCGACGAAACGCUGGCCCUCACCGAGGCCGCUUGCGCCACCUACAACACUGCCGAAGCCACCAACACGAGCGACUUUGAUCGGACCGACGAGCUCGUGCUGCUUCAAGACAUAAUCAUGGCGCUGCCCCACGCCCACGACCUCGACCGCCCGCACAAGGUCGUGCGGCCGACCGACGACACCAUCGCGGACCUCGAGAAUGCGGCACAGGUGACGCUCUCGGCCCAUCCGUCUGCGUGCGAGGCAAACGUGGCCGUGCUCCACGCCGUCUGCCUCGCCUACGCCACGCGCAUGCAGGCGUAUGAAGCCGCCAAGGAGGACCUCAUGCGCCUGCACGCCGCCGUCCACAAGGACUUUACACACCUCGGCGAGCGCGUCGCAGCCAAGAUGACAAAGAGCUCUCAUGGCGUGGCCAGCGCCGACGAGAUGCUCGGGGAGAAGCAAGCCGCUGAAGAGAGCGCGGCGGCGGCUGUCCAGGCGCUCGUCGAAGUGGCUCGUUUGAAAGCCGAAGAGUCGGGCGCCACAGCGAGCGCUGCUGUGAUCAGAGCGCAACGCUCCGUCUUUGCCGACGAGGCCAAUACCGAGGCGGUUGCUGCGCUCGCGGCGCAGGCCAGUGCCGAGCUCGACACGGGCGCGGCCUCGAAGCUCUGGCGCGCAGCCCGCGAUUUUCACGCGUUUUUCGAAGCGGCAAAGGCCCUUUUGGACCACGUGGAGAGUGCGCGGCUGAAGACGAUGGACGCGGCCGUCACGGCGCUGGCGACCGAAGCUCAGAGUGCGUCGCGCAUUGGUCUUGAAAAAUUGACGAGCACGCUGCCCGUGCUCUGCAAGGAGCUCACGCAUCUGGAGACGACGCUCGACCAGCGCGCCAAGCACGCGACCCAAGAGCUGCACUGCCAAAAGGUCAAGCUCGAGACGCACACCCGGCACCUCGGCACGAUGGUCAAGUCGCGCCGACAGGAGGUCGUCGCCAUGAUUGCUGAGUUUCAAGACGUGAUUGUGCUCUGCGGCAAGGGCCUCGAGACGGCCGCGACCCAACAACGCGCACUCUGGGCGAUGCUGAAGGACUUGAUGCCGAAGGCGGCGUUGGAGGCGCUCGUCCGCGCGUGCCGGCCGCAGCUCACGCCGCUCAAGAGCCCGCUGCGCCACGUCUUUGCCGACUUUGCGCACAUUGCGGCAUCACCUGCUGCCGCUCGCCACAAUGCGCCACCGCCGUUCCAGGCGCCAGCCCUCCCAGCACCGCCGACACCCGUGGCCGCUCGCCAGGACGCGCCGACGUCACCGUGCGCACAGGAGCUCAUCGUGCCCCCGCCCAAAUUCAAGGUGGGCGACCACGUCUUUGCCAAGUUUGCCAGCGGCAGCGGGGCCGUGUACGCACCGGCGCAGGUCAUUGGUGUGCUCCCAAGCCGCGUCUACCUCCUCGUGUUUGCCGAUGGCGACCAGUACAGUCUCGACGAGCUCUUUUUGUUUUCGCCAGCCGAGCACGAGCAGAUCCAACUCGCCGCCAGCGCCGAAGCGCCGGCCCGCGGCGGCUGCGCACUUAUGUAA